AUGGCGAGCCCUCAUGCAAAGCUCCUCACCCGCUCCAAGACGCCAUUCGCAGAGGCGCCUUGGCAGCAAGGUCUUCCAAGCCCUUACUACAAGGAGACCCACUAUCGCUUCAGAGAGUGGCUCAAGAAGUGGGUGGAUGACAAUCUGAUGGAGCUCGCUGACGAGUGGGAGGAGAGUGAGUGUUGAGGGCGACUGUCACGCUGCUGGCGUCCAUUACGCUCACGCUAGCUGCCGUGCUCGUUCUCCUCUUCUCUUAGUCGAGGAUGACGCCGAGCUGGCGAAGGUUUUUCAGCUCUUCGCGAAGGAGGGCUUCCUGCUGCCAUUUGCUCUUGGAGUGCGCGUCCCUCAGAAGUUCGUCGACAUGGCCGGCGGGCAAAAGCUGCCGGGCGGAGUACCCCCUGGCGAAUGGGACAACUUCCAUGACUUUAUCCUGAUCGAUGAGCUGGCACGCACUGCAUCCAACGGCGUGGUCAUGGGAAACUAUGGUGGCCUGGCAUAUGGUGCAGGGCCUAUUGUGCACUUCGCUUCGGAGGGCUUGCAGAAGCGUCUGUUGCCCGACAUCCUCACCGGCAAGAAGAGAAUCUCGCUUGCCAUCACAGAGCCCAGCGCCGGCAGUGAUGUCGCAGGUGUCAGUACCGUUGCCAAGCUCUCCGAUGAUGGCAAGCAUUAUGUUGUCACGGGACUCAAGAAGGUCAGUUGCAUCAUGAUGUCAUUUUAAGUAGACCAGACAAAUGACUGACAGCACCAGUGACUCCUUUGCGCGCCACUGUGGACGCGAUCAGUGGGUGAGUUGAUCUUCUCAUUGCAGGGCGGGAUGUGCAACUGCUGAGGGCAUCUUCUCAACAGAUCACGAACGGCAUCUGGAGUGACUUCUUUACAACGGCAGUGCGCACGUCAGGCAAACCUGGAGAUCAAAAAGGCAUCUCGUUCCUCGUCAUCCCCCGCUCUGAGGGCGUGCGAACGACCAAGAUGAAGAUGCAGAGCGCUGGAUCAGGAACCACCUUCGUCGAAUUCGACGAGGUCAAAGUUCCUGCCGAAAAUCUGAUUGGAAAGGAAGGAGAAGCUUUCAAGUACAUUGUGAGUCCGUGCGGCUGUGGCUUAUGUGACGAGACCAGUGACGUCCUAAACCCGCGCCUGCACCCGCGUUCGCUCCCAUUCUGCAGAUGUGGAACUUCCUGCACGAGCGAGAGACGAUAGUGAGCAGGCGUAGUCGCCUCACUGCUGAUCGCUGACGCUGAUCAAGUGUCUUUUUUGAUGGGCCAGAUCUACGUCGCGCUUCGUUUCUGCAGAGGUAAGCCCGGCAGUGCAUUUGCUAUGCAGCGUCACACCGCUUACCAUCGACGAUUCUCCUGCUCUGUGCUAUAGUCUGGUGAGGAGCAUGGCCUGGCCCUUCAUUGGAUGCGCAGCGGCUGACAUUUCAGGAGCAAUCUUUUGGCAUCAUUCAGUAUUGAGGACGCUACUAAUCACGCCAACAGGCGGCAAGUAUUCGGCAAAAAGCUGAUUGAGCAGGUGAGAAUCCAGGUAUGACUUGAAUGUCUCUUUGAUGCCCUCUCUCACACUCUGCUCCACGCUGCAGCCGGUCGUCCGCUACAAUUUGGCGAACAUGGCACGCCAAACGGAAGCUCUGCAAGCGUGGAUGGAAGCAAUCGUAUACCAGCACUCGAAGAUGACCACCAAUCAAGCCAAUAUUGUGAGUCCCCUUCCCUACAAACAUCCCGUCAGGUCGUGCUUUCCUGACGCCACGUCUCCACGACUCGUAGCUGCUGGGAGGCAACACAGCACUGCUCAAGGGUAAGUCAUUGAGAUGUUCUUGUCAGCCUGAACGGAGUCGAUCCUCAUGACUUUGCUUCUCGUCAACUUCAUCGCACAGCUCACGCGGCCAUUGUCGUCUCUGACAUCGCGCGAGAGGCUGGCUACUUGAUGGGAGGUACAGGUCUGACUAAGGGAGGGAUUGCAGCUCGUAUUGAGCGCAUCUACCGCGAGGUGAACGGGCUUGCAACGCCUGGAGGCAGUGUAGCCGUCAUGCUUGAUGCUGUGAGUGCUCGAUUCCCUGCGAUGUUCUUGGUCUUGAGAACCCAGCAUUGACUUGUGAUUUUCUGCUGGAUGUGUGCCAGGGUGUUCGCCAAGCUAUCAAGACUGUUGGUCUCGACCCAUCCAAGCUCUGA